AUAUAUUGACCUAGUGAAUCACUACAAUGCAUUGUCUUAUGAUUCUCCAGUGUUUGCCAAUCUAGUUUUUUGGCGUUGUCAACAGUUAUGUCAUGUGAAAUAUAGAUGUGCACUAUGGGGUGAACAUCAACAAGUUUUAACUUCACCUCGUAUUGUUUUAAAUCAG